AUGUCCGCCAAACACACAAAGGGCCCAUCCAAUCACAAAUAUGAAACCAAUAAUGAGCCACCAUUCUCUUUCGAAGAGUUCAUAUUUUCUAGAUAUGAAGUACUUCCUAUUGAAAGAAGAACAACGUGUAUCAUCUGCAAAAGGACCACCAGUUCGGGAUAUACCUACAACGGCUCGACAAUAUUCUCUCAUCCGGAUUGCCUAUCUUUACUCAUGUUUUAUGAGUUUAUGAAUAAUUUUGAUAUAAGUACAUCUCAAAGCUGUGCAUUAAAUUCUAAUUCUUUGGUACAAAUAUUGGACACCAAUAGGAUUUUUAGACACCUAGAAUCGGAUAAUAACAAAUGUUAUUCGUGUGCCGCUAAAAAUGCGUUUUUCAAAUGCUCUUCGGAAAAUUGUCCAAAUUAUAUUCACUUACAUUGUGCAGGAGGCGGUUCAAUUGUAGUUGAUGCAAAUUACCAGUACAAUAAAAGAAAUAAUUAUAGAUUCUUACUUUGUCAAACACACCUAAAGGAUGACGAAAUAGAUAUAGUUAAAUGUAGAUUCCUGUCAAAAUUAUCGCUAACCGCUGAAUAUAUGAACAUACAACACACAAGUUCUGUGGAACAGAAGGAUAUUACGCCAAACACUAACGAAAAUUUAAAACGUAGGGAGCAAAAUGCUACUUCACCUGGUUCAAUUCAAAAACACUGUAGAAGCAGUACUACUAAAAUAAACUACAACCAUAAUUUAUACUUCCAAAAAACGGAACAACCAUUUGCUACGAAAAAAUCCGCAUACAAUAGCUUUCAACAAGCAUUUUCCGGAACCAAUACUCAAUAUAUGCAAUCAAUAAAUACCUUGGUUCUUGAAUACAAUGCUUUGCGUAGAAAUACCAAUCAAAAGAAUCUAAGGGGUUUUGAGUGGUGGUACUACGAGAUAUUGUUUGCAAGAAUCAGACCUGACAUUUUUGAAGACCUAUUAGUACCAGAAAAUGACCCUCUUUAUCAUUUGUAUAGUGAUAUUAAGGGUAUACUAAACUUUGAACGAAAUUCUUAUUCCCUAACAGAUUUAAAACGAAUAUUUAAUGGUAGCGAAAUUGGUAUUCAAAGUGUGAUUAACUCUCUAUUGUUAAAUGUAAGUCCUAAGUUAGAAAUAUCGGAUGUCUCACCCACAGAAGAUGAUGACGCAAAUUAUACAUUUUGGGGGCUAAAUUCUCUACCGAAUUGUGGUGAUAAGCACUCAACACUAUCGCAUAACUCUGGUAACAUCACAAAAUCUGGAGAUUCCAACGCAGAAAUGUAUCGCCCUAGGUUCGCUCUUGUAAAUUUAAACAACAGAGCAAGUUGGAUUUCCUUUAUUUUUUUGUAUAAUACUGAACUAAUGCCGAAACCAGAAGUUGUAAUUUUGGAUUAUAUUCCUCUGUCUAUUUUGGAGUAUGAAUAUUUUCACCGCAUACUCCGUUCUGUUUACUAUAUACCACGUGAAGAUCUACUAGGACCCACCAUUUUACCACUACUAUCUUCCAGCAAUGUUAAGAAUAAUAAUGAAAAUGUUCUUGAAUUUAACAAAAAUACAAUAAAUCUUAAUGGAUAUUCGUGGGAAUUAGAACCUCCCUUGUAUAGUUACAUGAAAUCCUUUAAUAGUAACAGCUCCAAGUCAUCUAACAUUCUCGACAGGAAAUUAUUUGGUCAUAUUGAACUUGCAGAAAUUUGUAAGGAUGGAUUUCUUAACUUUGCAAAGCAAUUUUCUUCCAGUUGCAAAGGAGUAAGCAGUGAUAAUUUUGUGGCAAAGCAGAGUAUCGCCUUGAUAACGGCGUUGAAGGCGGUUGAUGAUGCUUUAGAUCAACAUAAGAAACAAUUGGCUAACAGUAUACGUAUGGAGAAUGAAUAUUACAGCCAUUGUCACCAUAAUAAAUCUCUUAUUGAAAAAUCUAAAGAAAUAUCAGCAUCAAUGCAUAGGUGGGUACAUUUCAAAACGGUUUUCCAACAAUCUAUGGAUAACUUUAUUUCAUCCAUGUAUUCUUCAUUGAAUACAGAUGCUGAAAUAGAGAUACCGCAACAUGAUUCUAAUAUAGCAACCAGCAAGGAAUAUUGUUCAGUUUGUCUUAUGCCUGAACUAUCGCAUAAACAUAUGUUACAGCAAUGUAUGCGUUGUUGUGUUCGUGUACAUCAUAGAUGCUAUGCAUCAUAUCGCCCAUUAUUCAAUCCAAAGGUGACAAAACAAGAAGAUUCAUUAACAAGUUGGUUGUGUGAACCAUGUGAACAUGAAAUUGGCAUAACAUCAAGAUACGAUGUAAAUCAUAAUAGUGCAAUUUGUUGUGUAUGUUCCAGUAGUGGAGGUGCUAUGAAAAAAGUAGGCACUAGUUUCCAUGCCUCUAACAAGGGACAUCUUUCUUCUCCGAUAUGGAUUCAUCUAGUAUGUGCGGUAUUUUUGAUGCCAAAUGUAACGUGUUUGGAUUGGUAUGCUCUUAGUAUGUGGGAUCUUAGGGAUAUUAAAUAUAAUGUUGUUGAUUGUUGUAGCGUUUGUCGAGUAUCUGGUGGAUACACACUAAAAUGUUCUGAUGAUUCGUGUAACUUAAAAUUCCAUCCAAUGUGCGCCUGGGUUGGUGGAAAUUAUGUUGAAUAUUCACCAUUUCACAAUACGGCUACUUUAAGUUCAAUGCUUAAAUAUGAUUCUACUUGGAAUGAUGUAUUUCCAGCCAUUUGUUUGCGCCCAUACUGUAUAAAGCAUUCCACUGAAAAGUUUAAUGAAAAGGUUGUUAAGGAACAAUCUCUUAAGAGGUCGUUUGCUUAUACGCAUUAUUUGUACCAUCCUGAUCCCUUUGGAAAACAGAAGAUAAGACCAAGAAUUUCCAGGCUACCGUUAGAACCUAUAUAUAGUCCAGUAACAAUUACAAAACAGGGGGCCAUAAAGUCUGAACCCAGGGUGGUUCCCCAGGGUCCUCUUCCAAUUGGAGGUAAAAAGAUAGGUCCUGAUGGAUUUGGGUAUAUUACACAGCCAAAACCGCGAAUAAAACUUCAGGAGGUCCCGCAUCCUUAUCAUUCCCAACCGACACUGAUUUCUAUAGUUUAUGGGUUACCUCGUGCACUUUCAGGCGAGUCUCCCAGAUAUGGAAUUAAUGCUAUAACUACCUAUUUGGGUACAAAGGAACAAACGAACUUACCUGCAUCGCGGCAUAACAAUGGAAAUGUACCCAGCAACAUUAGAAGUUCUUGCAACGGACCACCUGUUAUGAUUGGGCAAUAUCCAAAAAACAGAAACGCCAUCAAUCAAUAUUCUCACUUCCCAAAGGGUGCGUAUUCACAUCCAAAUCAGAAAAUCUACAAUCCAAGAUACAACAAUAUACAACACAAAAAUUUGAAUGCAAUGCCUUUCGAUCCCCUUUCUGCGAUGGUAAGCAAGCUCAUAUACUUCUAUUCAUAUAUACAUUUAGAACAAGGGAAAGCGACCGAAUACUUUCAAACCUCCGGAUAA